AUGGACGACCAUAUCGUGGGUGUUCUCGGUGGCGGCCAACUAGGACGUAUGUUAGUGGAGGCGGCGAACCGACUCAAUAUUCAGGUUGGAGUCCUUGAUGCCGACAGCGCCCCUGCAAAAUAUCUUGCAAACUCUGAUAGGCAUGUUACUGGGUCCUUCGCAAAUGCGCCCGAUGUCAAGGCACUUGCUGCCAGAUGUGAUAUCCUGACCUACGAGAUCGAGCACGUUGGCACCGAGAUUCUUGAAGAGCUAGAUUCUGAGAGACCCUUUGUCGAGGGGACCAAAUGGUCGAGGUUCCAGCCUAGUUGGCGAACAGUCCGCACGAUCCAAGACAAAUUCACUCAGAAGCAGCAUUUUGCGAAAUAUGCAAUUUCCAUCGCUAAAUCCAUUGCGGUUAGCCCGUCACAGCAAGGACUGAAAGAGGCCGGCGAGGCGCUUGGGUACCCUUUCAUGUUAAAAUCUCGAACCCAAGCAUACGAUGGGAGAGGUAACUUCCCGGUAAAGUCGGAGUCCGAUAUAGAGCCUGCCAUCUCAGCACUUGCGAAUCGACCUCUAUAUGCGGAGAAAUGGGCUCAUUUCAAAAUGGAACUCGCAGUCAUGGUGGUGAAAACAGCCCAGGAGGACGAUCCGGACGCGUGGGAGAAGAACACCUUGGCGUACCCUACCGUCGAGACCGUCCAUGAAGACAGCAUCUGCAAGCUUGUGUACGUUCCACCUCGAGAUGUCUCACAGCAAGUGGCACGCGCUGCCCAAGACCUGGCUCGACGUGCCGUUUCAACCUUUCAGGGAACUGGCGUCUUCGGGGUUGAAUUGUUCCUCCUUCCUGACAACACCCUCGUCGUCAACGAAAUCGCGCCCCGACCACACAACUCUGGGCACUACACUAUCGAAGCAUGCCACAUGUCCCAAUUUGAAGCACAGAUCCGUGCUAUUCUGCCUGAUCUCGCUUCAAAGAUCCCUGCUGGAGCAACGGAUCUGGCGGUCAACGCAGCUAUGAUGUUGAAUAUCCUCGGAGGACCACAACCGGACUCACAUUUGCUGGUCGCCAAAGCCGCCCUUGACGUUCCAGGAGCUAAAAUUCACCUGUACGGAAAGGGUGAAGGUCGACCUGGACGGAAGAUGGGACACAUCACUAUCACCGGGUCCAGCUUAUCGGAAUGUGAGGUCAAAAUGCAUCCUUUGAUUCAGAUGGUAGAUGCAAUACGCGUGCAUCGCAACGACAGAUCUGGCCAGUCCUCUGCUACUUCGAUUCUGAAGACUCAGGCAGAACUUCUUGAUUCCAAUCCGACACCGUCUGCUCGAGCUGUCGUAGCGGUAGUAAUGGGAUCUGACACCGACCUGGCUACACUUCGCCCAGGCUUAACGCUGCUUGAUACCAUGGGCAUCCCUUACGAGGUGCACAUCACCUCAGCUCACCGCACGCCGCAGUACAUGCUCGACUUUGGCAGAGCUGCGGCUGGUCGUGGACUUAAAGCCAUCAUUGCCGCCGCCGGUGGAGCGGCACACUUGCCUGGCAUGAUGGCCUCGGAAACCCCUAUACCCGUCAUUGGCGUGCCCGUAAAAGCUAGCUCUUUGGACGGGCUGGACAGUCUAUUGAGUAUUGUGCAGAUGCCGCGGGGCAUUCCUGUGGCGACAGUGGGAAUUGGGAACUCGGUCAACGCGGCGAUCCUGGCGGCGAGGAUCGUGGGAUCAAGCGAUGAGAAAGUACGGACGUGGGUAGCUGACCACCUGCAGCAGAUGGACGAUGAGAACAUGGAGAAGGAGCAUCGACUGCAGAGAGAAGGCUGGAAGAUCUACAAGAAAUUGGAUGGGUGA